AUGAAGGUGCGUUCGAUCACGUACUUCCACGCCGCGGGCUCGCUGGACGAGGCCACCGACAUCAUGCGCACGGCCGGCCGGGUCCUCGCCACGGCCAAGUCCGUGGUCUUGGCCGCGGGGUUCGAGGUGCAGACCGUGCGGGCGGCCACGAAUUCCUUCGAGGACUUCCUGCCGGCGGGCUUGCCCGCGGCCGACGCCGCGAAGGCGCUGGCCCGGCUGGAGGCGGCGGCCGAGGGUGUCGACUUCGUCUCUGUGGGACCUGCGGUCGCGCGCCUGGACGUGAUGGAGCUGGCGCUAGGAGGCGAGACCCAGAAGACCUUCUUCACGGUGCCCGUGGCGCUGACUGAUGCCGGCGUGCCGGACCGCGCCAGGGCACUGGACGCUGCGGGGGUCGUCUGCCGCCUGGGCGCAAAGGCUCCGGUCAAGACCUCGCAGGUACCCGAUCUCUUCCGCCUGACGGUGACCAGCAAUUUGGACGCCGGCACUCCGUACUUCCCUGGCGCCUUCUGGCAGAAGGGCAGGGCGCCCGCGCUGGCGCUGGCGCUUGAAGAUUCGGGGCUGGUCAAGCAGGCGCUCGCGGGCGCCGCCUCGCUGGAUGAUGCCAAGGCCUCGCUGCGCAAGGCCUUCGAGGGCAGGCUGGCGCCUCUGGAAGCUGCCGCGGAGCGAGCGGCGGAGGCGGCGGGCGUGGAGUACGCAGGCAUCGACUGCUCGUUGGCGUCCGCUGCCAACCCGGCCGAGAGCAUGGUGGACGCCUACGAGUCUCUCGGCCUCGGGGGCAUGGGCGGCGCAGGCACGCUGACCAUCUCGGCGAUGAUCACCUCGGUGCUCAAGUCCCUGCCCGUGAGGCGCUGCGGCUACAGCGGGCUGAUGAUGCCCGUGACGGAGGACGCCGGGCUCGCAAGGCGUGCGGUGGAGGGUCGGCUGUCCGUGCAGCAGCUGCUCUUCUACUCCGCGGUGUGCGGCACGGGCAUCGACACCGUGCCCGUGGAGGGCUCCACGAAGCCUGAUCGGCUGGCCGCGGUCUACAUGGACAUGUGCUCGCUGGCCUUCCGCCUUGGCAAGCCGCUCAGCGCGCGGCUGUGGCCAGUCGCGGGCAAGGAGGAGGGUGACAUGACCGAGGUGGACAACCCCUUCUUCGUGAACUCGAGGGUGCUCUCUGUGGACCCCGUCGCUCCGCGGGGUUCUGCGGGCCUGGGCCCGUCAGCGCCGCAGGCCGUACACGCGGGGCUGUUGGGGGCCAUCUCGGACGGGCUUCAGCCGAAGCAGGCGACCGUGCUGGCCGACACGCCGGAGGCGCUGGUCCUUCGGCUCGACGCGGGCGCCGCAGGGAUCGCACUGGUGCUCCGCAACAGCGGCGCCUGCCGCUGGCCAGCGGACACCCGCCUCUGCCGACUGGGCGAGCACGGGGAGGUGGAGGAGGUUAUCAUGCAGGUCCCCGACGCGCAGCCGGGCGAGUCGGCCACCCUCGUCCUUGCCGAGACCGCUGGGAGGUUCCGCCUCGUGAGCGGCCGCGCGCAGUUUGGCCCAGCGCUAAUCCUUGUGACGUAA